AUGGAGGAAGCUAGGAAACUCAACAUUAUUACUAUAUCACAGGAGGAUCUGGAUCAGCUCAUCCAGACCAAAGCACAAAAGAUUUUUCAACAACCUCAAGCCAAAACUGGAGAGCAUUCUUCCAUUCCCCUUUGGAACAAGGAGGUCGAAAGGAAUUUCCCCAAGAAUUCUCUAGAGCAACGCCAAGUUGAUGAUCUUCCUCUAGGUGAAAUAAAUGAAGUCUAUCUUUUGGAUUUCAUUGGAUCCUCUGGUUUUAUCGGGGAAUUAUAUCCAAAAGUCGAGAGUGUGAUAAUAUUAGACCAUCAUAAGACUGUAGUUGAAGCUCUCUGUGGCAAUGCUUCAUUUGGCAAGAAUGUGAUAAAGGUUAUUGAUAUGGAUAAGAGUGGUGCUACAAUUGCAUUUGACUUCUUUAAAGAAAAGCUUUUAAAAAGAAGUGAUACUUUGAAAGGUCUUGGAAUCCACAACCAUCAGGAGGCAGGUCAAAAAAAUUUGUCUGGUUGCAAAUUUGAAAGAGUACAGAAGCUCUUUGAAUACAUUGAAGAUGGUGACAUAUAGAGGUGGAAGCUCCCGCACAGCAAAGCUUUUAGUAGUGGCUUGAAAGAUAUGAAUAUAGAA